AUGUCUUCUGAUCUCUAUUCUUUUGGUACAACUUUCCACACACAUUCAACCUCAGAACAUGAUGGAACUCAAGAUCUUCCAUUUCUCUCUGAUUCCUUCCCUUUCUUCAACAACACUUCUUCAAACUCAUUUCAUCACCCUCUUCUUCCUUCUUCUCUAGACCCUUUCUCACCUUCUUUUUUCUCUUUCUCUCCUUCCACUCAUCAAAACCUUGCAAGCUAUCAUCUAACUAAUGAAACUUUCUCAGAUUUUGAUCUCUCCCAAGUUAAAAACGAGGAUUCAUCAUCACAAAUAAGUCCUCAUUAUUACAACAAUAAUCAGUUUCUUCCUCAUCGUUACACUGGUGCUGAAAAUGUAUCAAAAUACAUGCAAAGAAGCUUCAGUAGUAACUCUUUCGAAAAGAAACCCAGUUUUCAAUUUCAAACUCACCAUGAUAAUCUUAUGGAUUCAUCCAAAUUUCAACUCCAUGAUUUAAGCUCAACUGAUAAUAGUUUGAGAAGGGUUUGUAGCACAGGUGAUUUGCAGAACAUGAAAGAAAAUAACAUGUCUCCAACGGAGGGAAAUUUGCAAGAGGAAUCAAAUUUCAAAGUAGGGCGUUACAGUGCUGAAGAAAGAAAGGAAAAAAUUUCGAAAUACAGAGCUAAGAGAACACAAAGGAACUUUAAUAAGACUAUUAAGUAUGCAUGUCGAAAGACACUAGCAGACAAUCGACCGCGUGUCCGUGGCAGGUUCGCGCGUAAUGAUGAGCCUAACGAGAUUCCUAAGGUUCCGUGUAGAGAUGAAGACGAAGUCGAUUUUUGGAUGGAAGAAUUGAGGUUAUAUGAAGAUGAUGUAACAGUGGGAGCAGCAGAACAAUAUCUGAAGAGUAAUAGUUAUGGAGUUAGUCAAUUUCAAUACUUUGGAUUAUGA